UGAAUAAUGCCUUGGAAAUAACUUGAAAUUUGCUGUGUAAGACAGCAUUGUUUUUAUUAUUACUGUAAGUUGGCUGGUGAAGAUUCUUCAAUUUGCUAGCAAUGAACUCAUAGUCUUCUCCGAUGCCUCUGCUUCGCGUUCAUCGCCUCGUCACAUUUAAGUUGUGUCUCUGUAUUUCUAAUCUUGGCGUCAGAUAAUAUUGUUUGCGAACGGUUUGUUUUAUUCUGCAGCCAGUAUUAGCCUGUUCCAAUAUACUGUGCUUGAUUGUUCUUUUUUAUCUGAACUGAGAUUUAUUCAGUUGGAAGACUAAGAACGAAUGGAGAAUCCGAAAAGAUUAAGCAGAACAAACUCAAAGGCAGCGCGGAGUGGUUAUGAGCCCUCUGACACGGAGACUGAAUGGCAGGAGGAGACCCCUGGGGAUGAUCAUGACAAGGUGAAUGGGGAUGAAGAUUUUCAGGUUUCGAAUGGUGCUGAUCAAGCAAGGAAUUUUAGUUCUCUGAGACUCGGGAGGCUUACUGCGAAGUUUGAACAGGAGGUUUCUUCUCCUGCUAAGUCUUCGAAAGCAAGCCAGGGGCUAAGAAGGCACAGCAAAUCUCCUUACAAGCAGAGAGAUGAGGGUAAUGCGCUUCCUCUUCCUCCUGCUCGUAGGACUAUUAGUCCUAUGUUGUCCAGACCUGGUUCUGAACUUCGUAAGAAUGUGAGUCCCUUUGCAAGAACUGAAGUUCGUAACAAUGUGAGUCCCUUUGCAAGAACUGAAGUUCGUAGAACUGCAAGCCCCUUUGCAAAAACUGACAUUCGUAAGAAUGUUAGCCCCUUUGCAAAAACUGAGAUUCGUAACAAUAGUCCCUUUGCAAAAACUGAGCACAGGAGGCAUCUUUCUCCUUUUAAGCUUCUGAGAGAGAAUCAGGGCUUUAGGACUGAUUCAAUGGGAAGUUUAAAUAGAACGCAAGCCCACAGAGAGGCUAAUGACCACAAUGGCAGGGGAACUGAUAAGGGUAACUACAGCCAUAGAUCAGCCUCUGCUCCGAGACCGCGAGAGAAAGAUCAGCAUAUCAAAUACAAUCAUGCAGAGCAGAAGAAACAUGGCAGGACACCCUCCCCGUUAGCAAGAAAUCCAUCGCUAAAAGAAAAGGAGGCGAGCAAUAAAAAUACUCCCUCUGUCGGUGAAAUUAAUGAAAUUCUGGCAAAUGUACAGAUCUCGAAAGGCCUGGUUGGUAAUGCUCCAAUUUUGGAUAGCACAGACUCCAUUUCGCCAGGUGAUAUAUUCUUCUCUCGUGAAUAUGGAGCUGUGACAAUGCAAAAGGUGAUCUUCCCGAAGAAUGGUGGCUUUGAAGACGGCCUCAGCCCGAAACAUCAGAGGCCUGCAGAAAAGAUGCAUAGUCCUCGUCAACGUAACAACACAAAUGGAAGCUCUAAUCUGAACUUUCAGAGGAACUCAUCUAGCAAUGGUUUAACACGGACUAGUUCCUCCUCAGUUACGAGUUCUGGUGUAAGCAGACAGAGUAGUAAUAUGAGCGAUACUAGUGAAAGGACGAAUGGUACUGCAAUGAAAUUUGCAGUUAACAGGAAAAAGAAACAGACAGACACAUGGUUUCCUUGUAUUUCAGGAUCUUGUCGGUCAAAGAAACCACCACAAGGAAAGAGAGCCUUUGAUGAAGCCUCGUUUAUUGAAAAGGCUUUUGUUGUCGAAAGCCUAAGACAGUUCUGGGCUGAUAAGCACCAGCCUGCAUCUUUAAACGGAUUCACCUGUCGCAAGCAUGAAGCUCAGCUUCUCAAGAAACUUGUAGAUCAGGAUAUCUGUCCACAUAUUCUUCUCAAGGGUCCACCAGGCUCCGGAAAGAAAGCACUGACAAUGGCCUAUCUGCGCGAGAUCUAUGGAGAUCCUGCCAGUAAUAUAACACACGAGAGAAGAUAUUUCCAGGUUCAGGAAGCAAGGUCAAUGCAAGUUUCUGUUCCUGUAACCUCCAGUGCUCAUCAUGUGGAGCUCAAUGUGCACAAGGAACCUAAUGCUAAAUAUGCAUUAAUGGCCUUGAUCAAACAAAUAAGUAGCAACCACUCAGUCACCCCUGAGAUCAGCACUGUUAAUUUUAAGGCAGAUUAUACAGUCAUGGUUCUUUAUGAUGUUGACAAAGCUGCGGAGAACAUUCAGCACCUGAUAAAAUGGAUCAUGGAUUGUUAUACUGAUGUUUGUAAACUGGUUCUCUGUUGUGAAGAUGAUUUUGACAUACUUGACUCUGUGAAAACCCGCUGCAAAAUCAUCAAGGUUGAUGCUCCAGUAACUCAUGAAAUCAUGGAAGUUCUUCUUCAGAUAGCAUUGAAGGAAGGCUUUGAAAUAUCAAUGAGCUUUGCGGCUAAGAUUUCUACAAAAGCUAAACAGAACUUGAGGAGAGCAAUAAUGGCCCUUGAAGCAUGCAAGGCACAUAACUAUCCUUUCGCUGAAGAUCAGCCAAUUCCUAUGGGAUGGGAGGAGGUCGUAGUGGACCUUGCCGCAGAAAUUUUGGCUGAUCCAACUCCUAAUAGAUUGUUAAAUGUACGCGGAAAGCUUCAGAGAUUAUUGGUGGAUUUUGUUCACCCAAAAUUAAUUUUACAGAAACUUAUUGAAGAGUUCCUCAAGGUAGUUGGAGCUAAAUUGAAACGAGAACUAUAUUAUUGGCAUGGUUAUUAUGACAAGAGACUACCAAUAGGAACCACUGCAGUGCUAAAAUUAGAAGAAUUUGUGGCCAAGUUCAUGAGCAUACACAGGAAGAGUUCUUCUAACAAUUAGCACUCACGAGUCAGAUUCGGACUGAAGUAUAUCUGUUUAGGCGGUGCUGCUUGUUCAUAUGACCUUGUUUUCCCGGAAAUUGUAUUUCGAUGUUAAUACUUAUUUGUUAAUAUAAUUUACAUGCUGCAAUUAAAGGUUUGCUUCCAGCAUGUAAUUUGUGUAAGUUUUGUUCCCGCAUAAAUUUUGGAAGAGCUCAAACAAUGCAUAUACAAUGGGUGUGGUUGCAU